CGGCCGCGGCGCAGGGAGCAGCGGCGGCAGCGGCGGCGGCGCGCCCGGCCCUCCGCGCACCAUGGCGCAGCAGCGCCCGCCGCCCGCCGCCGCCUGAGGCGCCCCGCGGCGCCGAGCCGAGCCCGCGCCCAUGGCGGCGCCGCCGCCCGCCCUCAGCUGGGCGCUGCCCCUGCUGGCGGCGCUGGCGGGCGCCGCCGGACCCCAGAGCUUCGAGCUGCCGGGGGCCCCCAUCGACAACAUCGAGGUGAGCGGCGGCGCCGUGCUGGUGGCGGGCGGCAGCUGCCUCUACGAGCUGGGGCCCGAGCUGUGGCCCCGCCGCCGCGUGGUGCCGGCGGCGGGGCAGGGCUGCGGGGAGCCCCCCGGCAUGCGCAGCAACCUGCUGCUGUACUACGAGGAGGCCGGCGGGGUGGGCGUCCUGCUGACCGGCUGGACCCAGGACGGCGGCGCCUGCCAGGUGUGGGAGCAGCCGUCCUACCGGCAGCGCUUGAACCAAAGCGAGGUGGUCAGUUGCCUGCCCGACGGCUCCACCGCCGGCGUCGUGUUCCAGCAGGCCGGCGCCUGGUACCUGGCCGUGGCGGCCACCUACUCAACCAGCGCCGACACGAACCACCUGCACUGCGAGCCCUCGAAGUCGGACAAGGAGACCGUCAUCACGGUGCGCAGCAUGGUCAACCUGAAGUCCAAGGAGGAGCUGGGCAUCAUCAAGCGCAGGGAGGAACCUCUGCACUUCGUUGACGCGCUCCAGUGGGGGGAUCACCUUUUCUUUCCCUACUACACGUUGAAGGCCAGGUUGGGCAAUAACACGGAGCCACCCAGCAUGGCUGUCCUGAGCCAGCUGCGCCUCCCUUCAGAAGGUGGCCUUACUUUGAAAGGGCACGUCUAUUUGGACUGCGGGUGCAGGAGCCUCAUUAUUUCCUCCAGCCUUGUCCGCCAGGGUGAGCGGGGCUGGUGGGUGGGUGUGUUCCGCCACAGCCACAACGCCAAGGCCUGGAACAGCACUGCCGUCUGCAUCUUUGGGAUGGAGGAGAUGAAGGAGCAAGCCUGUGCAUCCACGCACUUCAAUAUGAACGGGAAGAGCUGUGAGGCACGAUCAAUCAAGAAAUUACCUACCUUGAUUCACUCCGGAUUAGUGGCUGUUUAUGGCACAGUUGUUUUGAAUCAUAUAGUUCUGUUUUUGGGAACAGAUGAUGGACAGUUACUCAAGGCUAUUCUGAAUGAGGAUAUGAAAUCUAAUUGCCCAGAGGUGUUAUAUGAAAUCGAGGAAGAAACUUCCAUUUUCCCCAAACUACGACUUGAUCCAGUGAAUAAUAACUACAUCUAUCUGUCCUCUGCCAAUAAGGUGAGAAGAAUACCAGUUGCAAAUUGCAGUAGAUUUGCUUCUGAGCAAGAGUGCUUAUCUGCAAAGGACCCCUACUGUGGGUGGUGUUCUUUCAAUCAAAGGUGCACAUUAAAAGAAAAUUGUACACAUUCAAACAGCAUAAAUGGUUGGUAUAACAUUUCACAUGCACCUGAUAAAGAUCUGAAAAUCCUGCUAAGUUUCCCUGCCAAAUAUCAGGUUGUUGUGACUGCAAAUGUAAGCAGAACCCUUACUUUCUGUCUGAUAAAAAUUGUAACAGCUGUUGAAAUAUUUUAUGAAAACGUAGUGCUGAAAAAUUCAUCGUGUUUCUGCAAUCUAACCACUCUGGCAAUAACUGAUAAUGAUUGUCUAGUUCUCGAAGCAUCACUGUCCUCAAGCUCUUGGAAUAUCACACAAGCAUUUCAGUUGAAAAACUGUUCACGGUGUAUACACAAGGGUGAGUGUGCCAGCUGUGAAUGGAUACGUGUCUCUCCUGUCACCACCUGCCAGGAUGAUUGCAGUGCCACUGCUUCCAAGGGGAUCACCACUUUGCAGAAAACAGAGCACAUCAGCAUUCAAUCCAUUGAACCUUUGUGGAUUUCUACAUUAGGCAAAAGUGAAAUAACAGUCAAAGGAGAAAACUUUACACGUGCGUCAGGCAUAAAACUGAUAUUGACUGGAAUUACUGGCUGUAAACCAGAUGUCAUUAAAGUUAGAAAUGUGCUAAAUGAUACACAAAUGACAUUUGCUCUCCCACCAACACGUAAAGAGGCCAAAAGUAUAUGUAUCCAGGCUAAUGGGAAAAAAUGUUCACCACCAAUGACCCUGCAUUAUGUUUCCCUGCCAUCAUGUUCUAGAAUUACGCCAAAUACCUCCUGGAUUAGUGGUGGUCGCAAAAUUACUACAACUGGUAGAAAUUUUAAUGUGGUGGACAGUGUGAUUAUUUCAGAUGACCAGAGAUCAAACCUCACAGUCUCUAGGUGUCCUGGAAAUGCAUCUGAGUAUCGCUAUUUAACACCAAGCCUGAGCCAUGCUACAGAGGGUAAAGUUGUUGAUAUGAUGUUAAAAGUGGAUACUACCUUUAUACCAUGUGUGAAAUUACACUAUCACCCAGACCCAGUGUUCAUUAACUACCAGCUGCACACUGAACUGGAUCCUGAUCUGGAAUUAAAAAUAUAUAAAGAAAAUGAUAACUUGAAUAUUUCUAAAACGGAGGUAGAGGUUUAUCUGUCAUAUAUGAUGGGUGCACAGACCAAAAAGAUAUGGUUCAGUGUCCAAAAUAUUACCAAAAAGCCAGACCGUAGCACCAUUCUGUGCAAAUUCAAAAGGGAAGGAACCGACAAAAUUGACUUUUCCACAGUGAAGGUUUUUGUCAGAUUGGGAAAUUUUGAACAUGAAGUCAAACCAACAUCAUCACACAUAUAUUUGUAUGUUCUUAUUUUGCUACCCAUUGUGGUGGGUGUCGUUAUAGCGGCAUUCAUAGUUACCAGAUACAAAUCCAAAGAGUUAAGUCGUAAACAGAGUCAGCAACUUGAACUGCUGGAAUAUGAGAUUCGUAGGGAAAUACGCGAGGGAUUUGCUGAACUGCAGAUGGAUGAACUAGAUGUGGUGGAUAGUUUUGGAACGGUUCCCUUCCUUGACUACAAACACUUUGCUCUUAGAACUUUCUUUCCAGAGUCAGGAGGCUUUGCGUCCAUCUUCAGUGAAGAAAUGCCACAGAGCAGAGACCAAACGAGCAAGGAUGAAAGCUUCAACAUGUUGCAUGCUUUAAUUUGUAACAAGAACUUUCUUGUUACUCUCAUUCACACCCUUGAAAAGCAGAAAAAUUUCUCUGUGAAAGACAGGUGCUUGUUUGCAUCCUUCUUGACUAUUGCAUUACAAACUAAGCUAGUUUAUCUCACCCAUAUUUUGGAAGUAUUGACAAGGGACUUGAUGGAGCAAUCGAGCAAUGUACAGCCUAAGCUUCUGCUCAGACGAACUGAAUCUGUGGUAGAAAAAUUGCUAACAAACUGGAUGUCUGUCUGCCUGUCUGGAUUUCUCCGGGAGACAAUUGGUGAACCUUUCUAUUUGCUGGUGACAACCCUCAAUCAGAGGAUAAACAAGGGGCCUGUUGACGCAAUAACUUGCAAAGCCCUGUACACUCUUAACGAAGACUGGCUGCUGUGGCAAGUGUCUGAAUUCAAAACAGUGACGGUGAACAUUAUCUUUGAAAAAAUCCCAGAAAACGAGAGUGGAGAUGCCUGUCAAACUAUUCAAGUUAAUGUUCUGGACUGCGACACCAUAGGCCAAGCCAAGGAGAAGAGCCUUCAGGCUUUCUUUAAUAAGAAUGGCUUUCUCUAUGGUCUUCAGCUGGAUGAAGUUGGUCUUGAACUUGUGUCUGAGGAUCUGCAAAGAGAAUUGUUAGAUAUUGAUGGUUCCUCAGAGGUGAUGGAGGAUGGGAUAAGGAAGCUGAACACCAUCGGUCAUUAUGAGAUUUCAAAUGGAGCAACCAUAAAAGUCUUCAAAAAGAAGGCAAAUACCCGAUCAGAUGUGGACUACUCAGAUGAGCACUGUCAUUUGAUUUUACCAGACUCAGAAGCAAACAAAGAUGUGAAGGGAGCAGGUCACAAAGGAAAGCAAAAAUUCAAAGUGAAAGAAAUGUAUCUCACAAAACUUCUGUCAACCAAGGUGGCAAUUCAUUCAGUUGUUGAAAAGCUCUUCAGGAGCAUUUGGAGUUUACCCAACAAUAAAGCACCUGUUGCCAUCAAGUACUUUUUUGACUUUUUGGAUGCCCAGGCUGAGAGCAAAAAAAUUACUGAUCCUGAUGUGGUCCACAUAUGGAAAACCAACAGUCUUCCUCUUCGCUUCUGGGUGAACAUACUGAAGAAUCCCCAGUUUGUCUUUGAUAUCAAGAAGACUUCACACAUAGAUGGCUGUUUGUCUGUAAUCGCACAAGCUUUCAUGGAUGCCUUUUCUCUUGCAGAACAGACACUGGGGAAGGAAGCACCAACAAAUAAACUUCUCUAUGCUAAGGACAUUCCACUUUACAAGAAGGAGGUGAAAGCAUACUACAAAGCCAUCAGGGAUCUGCCUCCAUUGACCACUGCAGAGGUUGAGGAAUUUCUAGCUCAGGAAUCUAAGAAACAUGAAAAUGAAUUUAAUGAGAAAGUGGCCUUGUUUGAAAUCUACAAAUACAUAGUGAAAUACUACGAUGAGAUUGUCACCAAACUCGAGCGAGAACGGGGGUUUGAAGAAGUCCAGAAACAGCUCCAGCAAGUAAAAGCCUUAUUUGAUGAAAAGAAAAAAUGCAAAUGGCAUUGAGCAGAGCACUGACUCACAGCAUCACUGUGGGGGAUUUGAUAUUAGCGCUACUGCUCCCAAAACUGUUUUGACUGACUAUGUGUACAGGGUUUGAAACAUUGGACACUCUUCUCCACUCUGACCAUUACAAGUAAUCUACAGUUGGGAAUGAAAUUUGGGCAGGGUUACGUAUUCACACAAGGGCAUGUGAAAGUGACCUAAUGUUGGCAGGGUCAGCAUUUUUAGGUCCUUGAACACACAUAACCCUUUGGUUCAAAAAUACUGUCUAGUAAGCUUUUUGCUUACUUUAAAAUAAGGUCAUAGGAGAUGUGCAAAAUACACUGUAAGUUCAGAGUUGCCCAUGUGAACUUGCAAGUUGCUUACCUCUUUUUUUAAAGAGAAAAAAGCUGAUGUUUCGCCACAUCCUUUCAGCAGCUUGGCAAACUGUGAGGGUGAGCUCCAGCUUCAGAAUACGGGUCAGCUGCAGUUUCCUUCCUUCCAGUCAAAUGUUUGCUAGUUCCUGUUCAGAAAAAAAAAAAAAGAACCCAACAAAAAAACCCCACCCUACACCCAAACACAUCAAAAAACCUAACAACAACCUGGCACCAAAAUGGCACUUAGGAUAAGGGUGUUUAGCAGAAGCAGUGGCUCUGAGGUUGGAAGGCCAAAUGCCACAUGGCAGGACUCACCUUUAUUAGGUUAGAAAGUCCAAAGAGAAGUGAACCACUGAGGGGAAGAGGUGAGGGGAGGCUUUUGGAGAAGGGCGUUCAGCCGCCAUCAGUCUGUGUUUACAUUUUUGACUUUUCCAUCCUUAAAUAAGCUGUGAAGCACUUGUGAGCAGCUUCACAGCUGAAACUGCACUGCAUCAGGACACUGCUGUGAUUUGAUGAAGCAGCUGAGGAUGGCUGCACUUUGGUGCACAAACCUGUACUCAGGUGCACGAUCAGCCCAUGCAUCAACGCUGACAGUCCUGGCCAGCCUUGCCGUCUGUGUACAGGGGCCUCACAGACCUAAAGCCAGCAUGUGGGGCUCAGGUCAAAAGUUGGUUUAAUAAUAUUUAAGAACAGAAGACUGGUGUAAUCUCUGACUGUGUUUGUGACACUGAUAAAAACGUGCUGGGGUUGGGGUGGGGAGGGGUAACUGCCUUAGUCUGGCUGGGGCUUUGCGAAGCUUGGCCAUUCAGGGAGGAAGGUGCCCAUUACAUUUGCAUUGGUGGCUAAAGUGGGCCCAGCUAGAAAACAAGGGCAUGGUUGUGCUGCUGGGAUGAGGCUGGUGCAGUGGCUACUGAGCAAAGCCACAGAGGAGCAGCUGUGGCUGCGGCUCUGCUAUGGCACCAGCACAACCCUGUGCUCUACUACAGAGCUGAAAUGGUUUGUCACCAUGGACUCUGCUUUGGUCACAUUCUGCGGCUGUCACGGGCCCUUCGAUUUGAGGUAAGGCGUUCAUGACAAGGAGAUACAUUUCCAUACAUUUCUGGAGGGAUCCACCAUUGGAGGUGAGUGGUGUAGCACAGUAGCCCACAGGAGAGCUGUCACUUUCCUUGGCAGUGGGGAAAGUGCCAUGGGCUGCAAAUGGCACAGAGGGCCCAGGUUUGGUAGAGAAAGGCAGUGCUGGGGCUGUGAGCAGCCAGAGCAGCAGAGGGUCACACAGGGCUGCGUGUGAGGAGCCCCAGAGCUCAGGCAUCGGUGCUAAUGCUGCCUGCUCUGGUCACAAAGGCAGCUGGCCCCAGGCACAGUCCCAUGGCCGGCCAGUGCCAGCACACACCGACCACCUGUGGCAGAAGCAAGGUGGGCUGUUAAUGUGGAGGAAAGCAAACAAAACCACGUCCUGCUGCUCUGCCCCCUCCCUACCAUGUGAUUGCACAAGUUGCUCCUCUUGCAUACCAGAGAGGGCAGCCACCAACCAACCCAUACUGUGAUGGCUUUGUUGGGUUUUUUAAAUUCAAGUCUUACACUUGCUGUUAAGUUUACACUUUAUACUUGAUGGAAUGUAUGGCUUUGUUCAGGACACUGCACUACAGUGUUGCAGUACUUUCAGCAGUUCUCUGCCUGGCACAAUGUAUUUUGAUAAGUUCAAUUUUAAUUGGAAAAAACCCCACCCACCUCUAGCCUAUCUUGCCCUCUGUCCUAAAUAAGUGGACCAUGGUCUGACUAGCACUUAAGCUUGGAAUACCUGCAUGUAAGGGCUUGAUUUUUAUCAUUCUUAAUCUAAACUUUUAAAGCAGCAUCAAAUAAAUAGAAAAAGCACAGUAACUGGUAUUGAAGGAGAGGCAGGAGCGGAUUACACUUUCCAGUUCUCUUCUACUUCAGAUGUUUGCUGUCGGUGCAUUCAAAUGAACUGUGAUAGUUUUGUUCAACAGUAACCUUCUGUACAGGCAGAAAAAACAACUCCAACAUUUCUGCUUGAAAAGCUGUAAAAUAUAAUCUGUUUGCGUGGGUCUGAUCCUGUGAACUUCACUAUAUGUGUUUAUAUUGAUGAGGAAAUGAAAAUCAGUCCUAUUCUGUAUUUGUACUACUGCUUGUUUGCUACAAUAGCUUUAAUGAUUUCUAGAGAUUAAGUAUGUGUUGAAGCAGGCCCUGUAGCUUUACCUACAGCCUGGAAUAGGAUUAUUGCCUUUUAUUCAAGCCUCCUAAACAGCGUCACUCUGUUAGUAAACCAUUUUUAAGUCAUACUGGGACUUUGUAACCCAUCAAGUGGAUCUCACAAAGUGAUGUGAAGUAUAAUUAAGUGAUUGUGGCUCUUUUGGUAGGUUUGGGUCAGCACACAAACAUUGGCACACCUUCCGUAUCUGCAAUUUGCCAUUACUGUUACACAGAGAGAAAGAAUCACCUCUGACUAUUAUGGGUAUUAUGGCAACACAACAGUUGUAAUUGCAUCCUCAGAAAUUAAAAGCAAACUUCUCUUCAACUUACUUUCCCAUGUUUACAGGCAAACUGCUAUGGCAAACAGCGUGUUUCUAACACUAGCUUACAGAGCAUUAUUUUGCAGUCAUCUAGUUUGAAGUCAAAUCUUACUAAUGUGUAAAGUAAUUCCUGUUGUACAGAAGUUAAUCUGUUGUUUAAAAUGAAUGGUUUAAAAAAGUGCAAAUGACAAAUACAUGUUGGUGUUUGUAUGGGUUUAUCUAGAAUAAAAACAUUUGGAGGUUA